CAUUCCAUCCUUGGGGUCCAUGUGCCCACCCCAGGCCCAGGCAGAGGUGGGUUCCGCCAUGACGGAGAAAGUUGAGAUGACGCAUGCCUCCAACCCAGAGCCUGCUCCUCUCCCUAAGCCCGCCUCACCUGGGCCCCCUCCUGUAGAGGUGCACCAAAACACGUGCACCCCCUGGUUGCCGCCAGGUGUGCCAGUGAUAAACCUGGGUCAUACCAGGCACACAGGCGCAGCCAUGGCCACCACAGAGCUGAGUGCCCUUCGGCCCUCCUUGCUGCAGCUAGCUGCCUUAGGAACAGCUCCGCCCACACUGGCCCUGCGUUACCACCCCCACCCCUUCCUCAACAGCGUCUACAUUGGGCCAGCAGGACCCUUCAGCAUCUUCCCUAACAGCCGGCUGAAGCGAAGACCAAGCCAUGGUGACCUGGACUUGGCUGAGGGGCACCAACCCCAGAAGGUGGCUCGUCGCGUGUUCACCAACAGCCGAGAGCGCUGGCGGCAGCAGCACGUUAACGGCGCCUUCCAGGAGCUCAGGAAGCUGCUGCCCACCCACCUGCCUGCGCACCGGGGAAUCGAGGGUGGUGCGCGCUGUGGGGCCCGACACCGGGUAGGGUCUGCGCGCUCGCAGCCCGUGCUUCCUGGGGACUGCGAUGGCGACCCCAGUGGGUCGGUGCGACACAUCAAGAUGGAGCAGACAGCUCUGAGUCCUGAGGUGCGGUGACCCAAGGCAGUGGCGCCUCGCCUGCUGCGCAGUGAACUCCCCGUAAAAGGGACUGAGGUCGCCCAGAUCAGGAAACGCCCUGUGGCUCUGGAAAGGUGACCCGCGACUCAGGGGCCCCUCAGACUUUUAAGAAAAAAUUUCCACAGGCUUCUUGAGGUGGCCUUACCAAUGUCCUCUUUCCUUGGCCGAGGCUAGA